AUGGUGCAUCUGGGCCUCGGUGAAGCUUGGAUCGACCACGUCUUGGAAGUGGACAAGCGCCGGUUCUCGAUGAUUGUGCUGCCGCUGGGAUGGGAGGCAGUGGGAGGAAAGGAUACGAUGAGAUCCAUGGUCGGUGUGGAAUUUGAGACUGAGGGGGAGGAGCACGAAGUGGCAGUGCCUGCCGGCGUGUCGGCGACCUGGGAUGGACUCCUGCAAUGUGUUGGCACCGUACCUGGUCUCGCAGACUAUGUUAUCAGGUAUGGAGAUGACUGCAGGAGGACAGACAUGGCCAGCUUCGUGAGAGGGGAGGAGUUCCUACAGAAGUAUGAGUCCAUCGAACGGGUGGAAAACUGCGGCCUGGAGGAUCCAGUCUAUCUGACCCCUGGCCGUUUUCUGAAGAAGACCGAGCGCACAUUUGUGGACUUCCGCAUUUUGCUGUGGACCUGGUUUGGGGCGAGCCACUGCUUCACGGGGGAUGGCAUCACCCAAGAUGAGAAAGGCAUCAGGGGCAGCUCUGAGUAUUUCAUCCCCAACCUCGCUCUGAAGGAGCUGGUGCGGGACAAGGGUGCUGCCUUGCUUCCGUUGACGGUGCGGCUGUCGAACGGCAAAGACCCAGACGACUCAUGA